AUGCAGAACAUUGACACUGACCAGAUCAUCCCGGCUGAGUACCUGACCCUGGUGCCCUCCAAGCCCGAUGAGUACGAGAAGCUGGGCUCGUACGCCCUCAUCGGCCUCCCUGAUGACCAGUACCACACCAAGUUUGUGAAGGAGGGGGCGUUGAAGACGGAAUACCCCAUCAUCAUCGGAGGCGAAAACUUUGGCUGCGGCUCGUCCCGCGAGCAUGCCCCUGUCGCGCUUGGUGCUGCAGGUUCCCAGGUGGUCGUGUCGCAGAGCUACGCUCGUAUCUUCUUCCGCAACUGCAUCUCCACCGGCGAGCUUUACCCUGUUGAGACGGACGUGCGGCUCUGUGACGAGCUCACCACCGGGCAGGAGGUGACUGUGGACAUGGAGAAAGACGUACUCGUCAACCACGCAACCGGCAAGGAGUACAGCCUCAAGCCCAUUGGAGAGGCUGGCCCUGUGAUUGAUGCUGGCGGCAUUUUUGAGUUUGCAAGGCGGCAAGGCAUGAUCAAGACGGUUGCUGCCUGA